UGGCACCGGAAGUGAAUCCUCAAAAACAUGGCAGCUCUUACAAUUUAUGCUAGAAAGCAAGUGCAUUAGAUGUGCCUCUGUAACAGUUAUAUUUCAUGUCAGUUUUAUUUUAUUUUAUCGUUUUCUUUAUAAAGGCGGGUCGGUAUCGUUAAACUCAUUCAUAUGUUUUGAAAUAGUGACAAAAAAACCCGUGGUAUGUUUUAAGCGGGAAGUGUUUGGGAAGAGGUUAGCUGCAGGCUAACGCUAGCAAGCCAGCAGAGUGCAGCUGUCCCAACUCCAGCCAGGAUGAGGACGGUGCUGAUGGUGGCAGAGAAGCCUUCCUUGGCUCAGUCCAUUGCCAAAAUCCUGUCCAAAGGAAAUUGUGCCAGUCGCAAGGGGCUCAAUGGAGCAUGCUCAGUGCACGAGUACAGCGGCAGCUUCCAGGGCCAAUCUGUGCGCUUUAAGAUGACUUCUGUGUGUGGACAUGUGAUGAGCCUGGAUUUCAUCGGGAAGUACAACAACUGGGACAAGGUGGAUCCUGCUGAACUUUUCAGCAAAGCUCCAACAGAGAAGAAGGAAGCCAACCCCAAACUCAACAUGGUCAAGUUCCUCCAGGUUGAAGCCAAAGGCUGUGAUUAUGUAGUUUUAUGGUUGGACUGCGAUAAAGAAGGCGAGAACAUCUGUUUUGAGGUUUUGGAUGCCAUCCAGCCAGUGAUGAGCAAGGCGCACUUUGGGGAGCGCAGCGUUUACCGGGCAAAGUUCAGCUCCAUCACUGACACUGAUAUCUGGAAUGCCAUGAACCGCCUGGGGGAGCCCAAUCGCAAUGAAGCCUUGUCAGUGGAUGCACGUCAGGAGCUGGACCUACGCAUCGGCUGCGCCUUCACCCGGUUCCAGACCAAGUAUUUCCAAGGUAAGUAUGGCAACCUGGAUUCCUCCUUGAUCUCAUUUGGACCCUGCCAGACCCCAACUCUAGGCUUCUGUGUUGAGCGCCAUGACAAGAUCCAGUCUUUCAAACCAGAGACGUACUGGGUGAUUCAGGCAAAGGUGUUCAAAGGAAAGGAGAGCCCUCUGACGCUGGAUUGGAAUAGGGUGAGGGUCUUCGACAGGGAAGUGGGCCAGAUGUUUGUUAACCUGGCCAAGACCUCCAGGGAGGCCCGGGUGGAGUCAGUGAGUAAAAAGGAGAAGGCCAAGCAGAGGCCUCAGGCCUUGAACACAGUGGAGAUGUUGCGAGUAGCCAGCUCAGCCCUAGGUAUGGGUCCACAGCAUGCCAUGCAGAUUGCAGAGCGCCUGUACACGCAAGGCUACAUUAGCUACCCACGCACUGAAACCACCCACUACCCAGAGAACUUUGACCUAAAGGGAACCCUGAAGCAGCAGAUGAGCAACCCCCUGUGGGGGCAGGAGGUGAAGGCUCUGUUGUCAGCUGGAUUGAAUCGACCCAGGAAAGGAAUGGAUGCAGGAGACCAUCCUCCCAUCACCCCGAUGCGGGCUGCUUCAGAGGGAGAGCUGGGAAGUGACGGCUGGCAGCUGUAUGAGUACAUCACGCGACAUUUCAUAGCUACUGUCAGCGAAGACUGCAAGUACCUGCAGACCACCAUUGACUUUAGCAUUGGCACCGAGGCCUUCUCAUGCACUGGCAAAACCCUCCUGUCACCAGGUUACACAGAGGUGAUGCCAUGGCAGGGCAUCCCUCAGGAGGAGGCCAUGCCAGUUUGUGAGCGUGGAGAAACUUUCACGGUGGACGAAAUCAAGCUGGUGGAGAAGCAGACCAGCCCCCCGGACUACCUGACUGAAGCUGAGCUCAUCACUUUGAUGGAGAAACACGGCAUUGGUACUGAUGCCAGCAUCCCCGUCCAUAUCAACAACAUCUGCCAAAGGAACUAUGUGACAGUGGAGCAUGGACGCAAGCUGAAACCCACAAACCUGGGCAUUGUCCUGGUACAUGGCUACUACAAGACAGAUGCAGAGCUUGUGCUGCCCACCAUACGCAGUGCUGUGGAGAAGCAGCUGAACCUGAUAGCCUUGGGAAAGGCCAACUACCAGCAGGUCCUGCAGCACACCCUGGACAUCUUCAAGAGAAAGUUUCACUACUUUGUGGACUCCAUCAGCAGCAUGGAUGAGCUGAUGGAGGUGUCCUUUUCCCCCAUUGCUGCCACUGGAAAGCCCCUGUCCCGCUGUGGAAAGUGCCACCGCUUCAUGAAGUACAUCCAGGCCAAGCCCAGCAGGCUGCACUGCUCCCACUGUGAUGAGACCUACAGCCUUCCCCAGAAUGGAGCCAUCAAGCUGUACAAGGAGCUGCGCUGCCCGCUCGACGACUUUGAGCUGGUGCUGUGGACGUCUGGAGCCCGGGGCAAGAGUUACCCCCUCUGCCCCUACUGCUUCAGCAACCCACCCUUCCGGGACAUGAAGAAAGGUAUGGGAUGUAAUGAGUGCACCCACCCAUCCUGCCAGCACUCUCUCAACUCUCUGGGCAUUGGACAGUGUGUGGAGUGUGAUAGUGGGGUUUUGGUGCUGGAUCCCACCUCAGGACCAAAAUGGAGGAUGGCCUGUAAUAAAUGCACUGUGGUGGUGCAUUUCUUCGAACAUGCACACAGGGUGCAGGUUGCUCAGGAGAGCUGUGAUGCUUGCGAUGCCUCUCUGGUGGCAGUGGACUUCAACAAAACUCGCACUCCGCUCCCUGCCGGCGAGACCCAACACACCGGCUGUGUCUUCUGUGACUCGGUCUUCCAGGACCUGGUGGAGCUCAAACACGCUGCCAUGAGGCACCCCAUGCACCGGGGCGGGGGGGCCAGACGAGGAGGGCGGGGCAGAGGCCGGGGACGCCGCGGCAACCCCAAAAAACCUAAAGACAAAAUGGCUGCCUUAGCAGCUUACUUUGUGUAGAAUGUUGACCAGGUUGUUCCCUUUAAACAUGUGUAGUACACAGCUGUAGCUGCUUGGACUUUAUGUUUUUACAUGAGUACAUGUCUGCCUGUUACACAAAAGGACAGAAAUAAAACAUGGAUUUAAAAAAGGUUUA